AUGGGGCAUGUGCAAGCCGAUUGCAAAGCAGGUAGUCGUGUUCAGCAGGUUCAGCAGACAGAUGAUUCCUCUACCGCCGUUCCUUCCUCUGCCUCCUCCUCCGUAAGAGCAGCCCCGAAUGUGCGUCGUCUUGAAGUGGUUCACGAAGUCCCUGAAGACAUCAACUUGGUGAUCUUUGACACACCCCAAGUUCCGACAUGUGAGUUCUUUGACCUUGGUUGCGAGGAUGAAUGGAACGACGACGGCGACUACGACUGGGAGAUCAGAGUUGUUGAGCUGUGUCCUGGGAGUGCAUUUGAGUCUGAACUUCGAUCCACUAGCACCCUUGUGUUUGACAUGGCCCAGAGUGAUUCUGAGACUGAGAGCAUUGACCAUGUGCGAGUUGUUUGUGAACAAUCCACGCCAGAGUUUGAGCAAGUGAUCUUGGAUUCCGGGGCCGACGUAACGGUCAUUCCGCUGACCCACAGUACGGUAGGAGAAGCAGCAGCCCAGAACACCCGAAUUCGUGAUGCCCAAGGUAAUGACAUCCCGAUGGCGACUCAGCGACAGAAUGUGAUCUUUGAGGUCGAGGCUGCUGGAGGCCAGCGGCUUUUCUUCAGAGACAGGGUCGUGGUUGCGCAAGUGAGGCAGCCGCUGUUAAGUCUGGGGAAGCUGAUUCGAGAUCACUGGAAUUUGGGAGCAGUCGAUGGGCAGUUGCAACUAAGUAAGGGUGACAAGAGCUUCCCAGUCCACAUGUCCAAGAACUCCCUUGCAGCUAACAUGAAGAUCUACAGAGUUGAGCAGUCGACAGCAGAUGUUCGCAUGAUUGUGGAGAUCUCAGAGCUGCUGGAAUCGGGAACUGAGAUUCAAGGUUGGAGCCUCUCACCGGAUGGGGGGCCGAUGCAUGUGAGUACCGACAGUGACUGCACGGUGGAUCCCACUCUGGUGUUUCCAUCGCAACAAUGGCCGUUUAGGACAACCUUGAUUUCUGAGGGUGAUCGUCGCUAUGAAGUUUUCGAAUCUGGUGAGUAUUGGGAAGACCGAAAGAUCCUGAACACGCACAGACCCAAGACCAAGAUCGUCACCAUUCUUAGUGCCCAGCCUGUUGAGCCGCGAAGCAUAGGGAAGGUGAUCGAGGAUCAGAACAUCCAAGUUGCGCCCCACCAACCUGCUGCUGCACCAACUUCGGAUUUAAGCUCAAGAGACACAGAUGAAAAUCCAGCUCAGGUAGAUGGACAACGGGGCGGAGGACCGGAAGUCCUUGGCGCACAAGUUGCUCCUGAAGUUCACUUGGCAGCUGGAGGGCAGGCAACUCUGGUGAUCAAUGGGGUGGAGCUGACUGAAGAAUCUUCGCUUCGGUUGUUGAGGGCAGCGUGUCAGUACCUUCGAGUGAGCAAGAAUGGUAAGAAAACAACUCUGUGGGGAAGGCUUCAGAGUACAGUUGCAGAUAAUCAGCUUAGGGGUGCAGUUCAAGCAUCUGAUGCGGUUCUGGAAGCAUAUCGCCGAGACCCACAGAUUGAAUCUGGCAGCCAACAGCCAGAUGCAGAAACGGUGGCGCUGCACGAGAUAACCCACUGCCCGAGGAUGCCGUGGUGCAAUGCAUGUGUAGCGUCCCGAAGCAGAGAAGAUAACCAUGGAACCAGCGCCCCAAAGGAGAACGGUGUGAUCCAUUGUGAUUUUAUGUUUAAUCGUACAGAGUCUCAGCCUGGCGCACCUGAACAUCCCAUGGCAGUUCACCUCGUGAUGGUAGAUGAGCAAACAAAUUUCGUGCAGUGUGUGCCAGUUGAGUCGAAGAGUACAGAGCAUGUAAGGACUGCAGUGGACGAGGCAAUCAAGUUGGCGUCUUUGCUUGGCCACACCAACCUGACGGUCCGAAUGGACAGUGAACCGGCAAUGAAAGCUUUCGGGAAGGCCAUCGUGGAUGCAAGUUCCGUGUUCGCGCAGUACCUUCCUUCGAGUGGCGCCAAAGGUAGUGGCUGGAAGCGUUGCAUUUUCCUUGGGAAGUCAACGUUGGGUAACUUGAACAUCGUUGCGGACAGCUUCGGAGUGCACUAUUCCAGAACAAUUCGAAAGGGCUCUUUGGGCUUUGAGAGUGAGUUGAUCUUGAGUGCCAAAGGUGUUCCAUGGAAUGCUUCCUUGGAUGUUUUGCCAGCCAGACGAGAGAGAGCACCCAGGUUCAGAGCGCCAGCUUUGAUAGAGCCCGAGGCACCUGAAGGCCCAGGACCAGAUGAGGCUGCAAGUGACCCACCUUCAUCGGAGUCCGUGUCUGGGGGGGUCGGGGCGAUGUCAACCGAUGGGACGAGUUCAGCAGAGCUUGUGCCUGAUGCUGUGAUGAGUGAUGCAAUGAUCGGACAUGUUACCGUCGAAGAGUCGGGAGAGUUCUUCAUGAGGAGAGUUCGUGAGGAUCUGCCAUGUGGACAUGAACCUGAGGAGCUUCCCGAAACGACCUUAGACCUGAGCCCCGAAGAACCUCCACGAAAAGACGAAGACCUCAAUCAACCCGAUGAAGCUCAUCGUGCAGCCCUGGCGUGGGCAGAUAGACGAUACGAAGAUGGACCUCCCGAGCUUCCCUUUGAGACCCUUGAGCGCCUUGAUGAGGCGAUGGAUAAGGUGGAGACCAAGCGCUUGUUGACGAUGGGAGUUCUGCGGAAGAUUGGAAGCAGCGCAGAGGGCAGUUCAGGCACUGGGGGCAUGAAGAAGUUGCAAUCCCGUUUUGUGCGAGAUUGGCGAUUCAGGGGAAAUUGCUGGAUACGCCGAUCGAGGCUGGUAGCAAAAGAAUACAGAUUCUUAGAACCCGAGCUUGAGCAUUUGUAUGCCCCGGCAUCAAUGGCUGUCGUCCAGAGGGUCUUUGCAGGUCUCUGCGUGAGUGGGGAGAACUUAGUUCUCUACAGCGUUGACGUGAGCGAUGUCAUGGAAGGGAAUCGAAUGCAAGCUUUCAGUGGAGCUCCCGCUGUCUUCUAUGAAACGGGAAAGUUGGCAUGCAACAGUCAUGUAGAUGACCUACAGCUUGUGGGGGGUGAUCAUAGAGCUCAGGAGUUGUUGGACGCAAUGAAAGCAAAAGGCUUAAAGAUCAAGAUAGAAGGUCCUGUUCAUCUUGAUGGCGGUGAAUGUAGAUUCUUGAAGCGGCUCUACAAGGGUGAUGGUUCAGGUAUCGUGGUAGUCCCUGAAGAGAAAUACGUGACCAAGCUUUGUGAGCUCUUGAAGUUGGACAGGGCAAGUCCGAAGCCUACGCCGCUCCCUUCAUCGCUGAGCCGACCACGUAUUGAUCCCGAACUGCAAGGUGAAGAUUACAAUGUAUAUCGAAGUGGGCUAGGACUCCUCCUUUACAUGUGUGGUGACUACCCCGAAGUUCACUUCGCAGUCCGCAUGUUGGGUUCCAGGUGCUCAUGUCCCACAGAGUAUGACCUCAAUCUGAUGAGACACGUGGGGAAGUACAUGAAGGGCCGAGAGAACUAUGUCUUGAAGUUAAGCCGCACCAGCCCAGGUAUGACCUUCGAGCAGCGGAUGCGAAACCUGGACAAUGAUGAGCAAGAGUCGAUCUCUAGAGUUUCUGAGGCUGAUUUCAAGAAGGGCCAUCUUUUAGAGGUGAUCACGGAUGCUGAUUGGGCAUCCACCCAUUUCUCGCGCAAGAGUGUGAGUUGCUAUGCAAUGUAUUUGGACGGUAACUGCGUGCAUGUGGUUACGAAGUUGCAGCAAAGUCUAGCCCUCUCAAGUUGUGAGGCAGAAUACAUGGCUUCGCUGAUGGGAUGCUGCGACGGCUUGUUCGUAAAGGCCUUGCUGGAGGCAAUCACUGGACACCCGGUGACCUUGGUGCACAGGACCGACAAUAGUGGGGCCAGGGCCAUAAUUGCUAAGCAGGGCAGCGGACGCCUUCGGCAUGUAGACCUGGCGUAUUUAUGGCUCCAACGUGAAUAUUGUCUCGGCCGCAUUGCAGAGAAACCAAUAGGUACAAAACUAUGCCCUUCCGACAUGGGGACAAAAGCGCAUCCAAAGAGGAGACAACAGCUUCUUCUCGGGCUAAUGGGGUUCAUCAACUUUGACACCAAGAUUUUUGCAGGCAUUGACGACAUCAGAGCUCACAUGAUUCAGUCGGGCAUUCAGCAGGGUUUUAGGACAAAGAGUGGUAGGCUAGCAAUUCGCAUGGUCAUGGCAAUGCUGUUGGCUGAGCCGUCGGAUGCGUUGAAGGUUGAGGCGCUCCAGGGAAUGGAUAUGGCUUCGCUCAAGGUGUUCCUCAAUGCGUACGUCUUCGGCAUGAUUGGAUGGCUGAUGCUCGUGGUGAUCCUUAGCUACUUCGUCUACCUUUUCAUCAGCAGCGUGGCUGUCAACAAGAAGCGCUACAGCAUGUUCUUUGUGGUGCUCAUGGUCAUGUGUGUUGCUGAUGGAGUAAAAUACACAAUCACCAUUGAAGUGGAGCAAGAUGGCACGGCCAGUGCGAGCACAGGAAAUUCGUCUCGAGUUCCGGCUUUGAGUUUGUCCUUAAAUGGCAAUGAGAGUAACCAGGAGAUUGUGGUCCCAACUUCCUCUUCGGCUACGGCAGCGGCGGGGGUGCAGGACACAGGAACCUCCUCUUCGACGUCAAUGGGAACAUCCGCUACAGCUGUGGCAGAUGCAGGUUGUGCUGCAGCAACUGGAGAUGGAAAGGAUGUCUUCAGGAUCGGCAAUGGGGAGUGCUACCAUAGCACUCAGUGUGGCAUGGUGAGCCGUGCUCGUCGCGUGGAGGCACAUAAGCUUCUUGGCCUGACUCGUCGCCAGGCAGAGCUGUUGGGAUUGAAGGCUUGCAAGCAGUGCAAGCCGUGA